GGUGAAAUUUUUCCUCUCAUUUCCUGUGCGAACAACACUCGCUUCAGCUUUAACAGAUAGCUCAGCCCAUGUCAAACACGUUCAGUCCGUUGGAAUAAUAUUACAAACCAGUUUGUAUGUGACUGACAGCUGUGUUGUCUGAUACUCUACGCGACCGGAGUGAAAAAGAAGAUUGGUGAUGGUGCAGCCACAACCCGAUGGCCCCAUGCAGUGGGAGAUGUCCGGAGAAGAGAGUGGAGGGACCCUCAGGGUCCCACCAGAGCUUGCAGCCAAUGAAGUGGUGACCAGAUUGUUGAGUGACAACCAGCAGCUUAGAGAGGCGCUGCGGCGGAGCAACCUGGCCUUGCGUCAGCGCUGUGAGGAGAUGGAGGGAUGGCAACGAAGGACAAAAGAGGAACGAGAGUUUCUCAGCUGUCGCUUCCAAGAAGCAAGGUCCCUGGUGGAGAGGCUGGCCCAGGAGAACCACUCCUUACAGAGCAUGGUGAACGGACCUGGCUCCUCCAACACCUCGUCUAAUCACUGCUGCAGCUCCAGCCAGACUGAAAACCUGCAGCUACGGACAGCCAGGAAUGGACCAGUGGACGGACCACAGACUCUAGAUCAGCGAGAAAAGAAGAGAGUCGAAGAUACAGAGCAAUGCACACAGACAUCACCGCCUCGCAGCCUGCCUGUGGAAGGUGCAAACGAGUUCCUGCAGCUGCUGACGAACAAUGUUACUGAGGAGGUUGUCCAGCAGCGCUCUGAGGCACAGCACUCGUCCGACUGCUCUAGCCUGGCUAAGCUCACAGAGCAACUUCAGGCCACACAGGGCAGGUAUCGGGAGCUGGAGGAGAAGCUUGAUUACCUGCAGAAGAGCUCAGCUCAGAGGGACAGAACUGAAGCUCUGCUCAAACAGAAGGACAAGGACUGUGCCCAGCUGGCCAAGGACUGCGAGGCCCUGAAAGCUCAGGCAACUUCCCUGCUAGGAGAACUACAGGAAAGACAAAGCUGGUUGGACAAAAGUGAGCAUGAACGCGUACUCCUGGAAGACAAAUUAAGCAGUAAAAUAAAGGCCCUGCAGGUGGCAGAGCGGGAGCUUGAACAGCAGAAGAAACAGCAUCAUGUAGCCAUGGACAAGCUGCUGCUGCAAACCCAGAGCUUGGAGCAGGCCCUGAAGUCAGAGAGACAUGUUGUCACUGAGGAGAAGAAAAAACUGACACAGCUACAGCAUGCAUACACGUGUCUCUUUAGAGACUAUGAUUCUAAACUGAAGAAUGAGGGUGGAGAUCUGUGCUGCCGACUGGAGGAGGCUGAGCGAGCGCUGGCCCUGAAGCAGGACCUGAUUGAUAAACUGAAGGAAGAGGUGGAGCAACAGAAAGGCUCCCUGGAAACAAUUCCUGUCCUUACUGCACAGGCUGAGAUCUACAAGGCAGAUUUCCUUGCUGAGCGAGAAGCCAGAGAGAAGUUAAACCAGAAAAAGGAGGAGCUGCAGGAGCAGCUGAAUCAGGCCUUGUCUGAGAAUGAGAGGCUUAAACAGGAAGCUACCGCACGUGCACGUAUGGAACAAAUGAAGAUGAGACACCUGGAUGACUUCUCUGCACGGCCCACACUCAUCCCUCCCCCACAAGGUCUGCACUUCAAUUGCAUCUUGAUUAUUUGAUUGAAAUCCACUGUGGUGGUGUACAGAGGAUAAAUGGCUAAAAUGUGUCAUUGUCCAAAACCAUUUGGAUCUAACUACAUACAGUGGGGCAAAAAAGUAU